AUGUACCAUAUUGUUGGGAUCAACAGUAUGGGAUUUUUGUUGCCGGGGAAGAAGAUCAAUAAGAUAUACCAGAGAAAAAUAAGGGAGGUUAGAAGACUACCAAAUGCCAACCGGUGGAGCAAGGAAAAUGUGAAGAGACAAAAGCUUCUGAAAGGAAACGAAGCCAUACUCAUAAAUAUUGUGAAGAAAUCUGUUUUGGAAAGACUACCUGCUGAGAUCUUAUUGGAGAUCUUCUCUUUGCUACCUGUGGAAGAUCUUGAAAAAGUGGUGCUCCUAAAUAAAUAUUUCUUCUCAGCGCUAAAAAACUCGGUGUAUUUGGGUUGCAAAAUCGUGGAUAACUACAUUCACACACUACCCAAAAAAAAGAGCACUCCAGAGGAUCCUAUGGUUCGAAUAUUGGAUAUAACUGUUUUGAGCUACAAGUUUGUAAAUCUCCGAGUUUUAGAAAGCGUAGCGUUUGAUACGGUACUCCAGAAGGAGAAGUUAGGUAAAUGUAUUGAAAAAGGAUAUAUUUCCCGUGAGAAGUUUAUUGAUUUUCCAGAGAGGUUUUACCAAGAGAGCAUUACAGCUGACACUAUCAAGCUAGCAGAAUAUCUUUCCGAAAGCAAAAACUUAAGAUUCUUUGAUAGUGAUCGAGUUUUUAUGAACGUGUGGAUGAAUUAUCAAGGAGACCGAGAGCAAUUGUUUGACACUCUCGUCAAAUGUUUGAAAGAAAAGCAUAUAAGUGAUGCAGGACCUCUUAUUUUGGCAUUGCAAGACCAAAAUUUUAGGUUGUGUGACAAAAUCAUUAAUCUCCUCUCUGAAGAGUCCCCUAAAGCUUGUGCUGACGAAGUAUGGCAAGCGGCAAAUAGUGAAGGUAAUCCUGAUGUGUUGGAUUAUCUUUUACAAACACCUUUUCAACCUUUUAUGAAAUUUGGCUUUUGA